AUGGCCAGCUUCCUUGCAACCCCUACAUGUCCGCUGGUCGCCCUGCUCGCCCCUACCAGGGCUAGUUUCACCACCAUUCAGCAAAAGAGCUUCUCUGUCAACGGAGGUCCUCUAUUUUUCGGGCGAAAACAUUUCCAGAAAAUCCAAUUCUCAAAGGCAGCUAGCAUUUCCACUACCAGGUCUAGAUGCUUCAAGACCACAAUUUCAUGCUCUGCUCAAACUGAAACCCUGGAAACCGUCCAAAGCACCAUUGCUAAGCAAUUGUCUGUCGAUGUGAGCACAGUGACUCCGGAAACCAAGUUUGCUGACUUGGGUGCUGACUCCCUUGACACGGUCGAGAUAAUGAUGGCUUUGGAAGAACAAUUCGGCGUUUCAAUUGGCGAAAGUGGUGCAGAGAACAUUGCAACUGUUCAAGAUGCUGCAGAUCUCAUUGAGAAAGUGAAGGCAGCAGCAUGA